UUGUCAGCUGGCUGUCUUCUGGCUUCGUGGCUCAUUGAAUCGGUUCGCUCGGGUUUUAUUUGCUGAUAACGGUUCUAAAACAAACACACACACCGAUGCGGGAGAUGUCGUGUGCGGUAGCCGCGUUUGUGGCCGUGUUGCUGCUCAGCUCGGAGGCUCGGGGCAAAACUGUGUCGGGACUUUUCAGGAGCGAAGCAGCGAGGCAGCAGAAGGGGCAGUUCAUCACUAAAUUCAUGUAUCAAGAUGAUGGUGGUCUGCUGGUGUGCAGGCUGGACAACUCCGCUCUGGCCACAGAGAAGGAGUCCCGGUUGCUGCUGUAUCAGGAUAUGGACUCGGACCUGGACAACCUGAGCUGCACCGAGAGGCUCACCAGGGCUCGGUUCACCAUUUCUCUCAGCCGAGAAGAACACAACCAGACGAUCCCUCGUCAGUCCACGCCGACAGCCUGGCAGGCCCUGUACGCUGACAGAUACACAUGUCAGGAAAACGCAGUGAUUCCCUCUCAUGCUGAUCUCAGUUUUACCGUCUUGCUGUUCAACACCGACUCAGCUGGAAAUCCUUUGGAGCACUUCAGCGCCGAGGAGGCCGGCCUCCAGAGCUUUUACUUCCUCCUGCUGCUGGCUUACUUCAUCGCCUGCUGUAUCUACAUCCAGCCGCUGUACCAGGCUCUGAAGAAAGGAGGGCCCAUGCACACUGUCCUCAGAGUGCUGACCACAGCGCUGGCAUUGCAGGGCUGCUCCGCUCUCUGCAACUACAUCCACCUGGCCAGGUACUCCAGAGAUGGUGUUGGUAUUCCUCUGAUGGGCAGCCUGGCAGAGUUGUGGGAUAUGGUGUCCCAGGUGUCCAUGCUGUACAUGUUACUGAGUCUGUGCAUGGGCUGGACUCUGAGCCGAGGCAGGAAGCCUCAGUCCAGACCUCUGCAGUGGGAGCAGUCUCCGGCUUCCACGGCUGUCUCUGUUGGAGGAGUGGUGACGCAGGGAGUGUUGCUGCUGUGGGAGCAGUAUUCAGAAUCAGAGAGCGAACAUCACAGCUACCACACCCAGCAGAGUCUGGCAGGUCUCCUCCUCAUGGCUCUCAGGGUAAUCCUCACCCUGCUGCUGGCCUCCGUCCUCUACCAGAUCAUCUCCACUGAGAGGAGCACCCUGAAGAGAGACUUCUACCUCUGCUUCGCCAAGGGAUGCUUCCUGUGGUUCCUCUGCCACCCCGUCCUCUUCCUCAUGUCCGCCGUCUUCAACGAGCACCAGAGGGAGAAGGUGGUGACUAUCGGCGUCAUCCUCUGCCAGUCCAUCUCCAUGGUGAUCCUCUACCAGCUCUUCCUGUCUCGAUCUCUCUACUGGGAGGUCUCCUCGCUCUCCUCCGUGUCUCUGCCGCUCACCAUGUCCAGGGCGAAUCAGAGGGGACGCUACUGAGCUACAUACCAGAUCAUCGCGAGCGAGGGAGAACAUGCCGAGGCUUCACCUCCCCCUGUGACAGAGGAGGGAGAAGAAGCAGACGAGACGGUUCUUCUAGGAGAAUAGUAACAGCCACUAUGUAAGCAAGACACAGAGGUCAGAGCAUGACCAGAGGAAGACAUUUACAGCAACACCCUACCUCUAGUGACAAACAUAACGGAGCAGGAGAAACCAUAAUGUAACGCCACAGAAAGAAAAGACACGCGGCUCUCCAGGCAUGACGAAGGACACAUGCGUCACUGUGGUGUUAGUUUAAAGGACGCAGGGAUUGCGUCUUCGUCCUGCGCAUUAAACUUAAACUUGGAUCAAAGUGCCAAAGAGAUGAGGAAAGAUUUGAAGUGAAGGCUGAGGCAGGUGUCAUUCUAGAUUUCUCUUACAUCCCAUGAAAAGACGACAAACCAACGAUCGGCGGAAAGACGUACACGAUUCAUUGAAGGUUUCUGUCUUUUCAUGGGAUUUAUUUACAAUAAACGGCUGAAUCAGCACGUGGUAAGACUGAUAUGUUUCUGUGGAGGUGGAGAGACGACUGGAUGGACAUGAGACGAUGGACAAAUGCAUGUAAAGAUGUGUGAUCACGCUGUACCGUCAGCAUAGAUCCACGAGCGGCCGCAUGUGAUAUAAACUGUAUGCAUGACUCUUUUCUUUCUUUCUUUUUAUUUAAAGCACAUCAGGAGAAACCAAAGUUUAGCUUUUGGCAUCAAAACAUCAAAUCAUAACUCCACACUCGCUCUCUCCGAUUGUUCAGCUGUGGUCGGGGGUUCAACUGUGACUUUCUUUAGGUACGGGAGCCCGGCGGGAACAAACCCGUAGUUUAAUUCAGGCGACAAUCCACGUGACAAACUGGCUGACAUAUUUAUUCAUCGCGUAUUUAUUUUUCUAAGUGAAUAUUUGGAGAGCAGCAGCACAGCAUAGUGAAGCGACGUCAGUUACUGCUUUUAUUUUUGUAUCGAGCUCAGAUUUAAUUAACCCCUUUAAGGUCUGUUAUGAUGUUAUGCUUAAAAAUGAACAUUAGCUGGUGGUUGGAUAAUCAGAAAAUGUGCAGAAAGUUCACAAGAAAAUGAAUCUACUGUUUUAUUUUGUCCCCGGAUGUUUUUAGACUUGGUUACAGAUUAAAAACAGAGGACAGGUGUAAAUACAGGACCUGUGAUCAUUAUCACUGUAAUAAAGUAACUAUGUUAAAGAGUCAGUGUAUUAUUAUGGAGGCAGCUCACUGUAACCUUGGCCCACAUUUUUCAUCGCCUGCUUUAAAGUAACCCAGUUCAUAUUUUUUGCUGCGUCACUGGCACACACGAGAUGAUGUGAAAGAGGUUUGGAUUACAUAUAUAGAUAUAGACCGUGGAGCUGUUCAAGGGUUGCAAUAAAAAGCAGAUUUUUAUGUGAAGAUGUUAUUUUAGAGUUACAAUAAAAGGCUGUAGUGCUUCAAGCUUGAUUGUCUGCAUCAGCUCACCUGGAAAGGUAAGCCAACAGGAUGCUGUAGUGCUCUGUGGAGGUCUGAUCAGGCCAAAACCUUUCAUGAUUUUAAAUAAAGCUCCAAAUAAAUAAGUAUAAAUAU